AUGGACAGCUUCCAAGAAAAUUUCGAGUAUUUACGCGUAAAUCGUAUUGCAAUUUGCAAAAGCCAUCAACAGGGCAUUAUCAGAUCGCAGCUGCAGGCGCAUUUAGACACAAAACAUUUAGAUCUAGCCCCGAAGACACGACGGAGCAUUAUUGAGGCUGCACAUACAGAAGAAGCGCUGCGAGACUGGGCUGAUGAUAUUUGUAGGAUCGUGUAUCCCCGCCCAGAUGCUGCGCCAUUACCCCAUUUACCAGUAUACGUAGACGGGCUGCAGUGUACACAGUGUGGGUUUAUUUACCGCAAUGUUAAGAGAAUGCAGCAGCACUGCCGUAGUGCACAUGACUGGCAGAGCAGCCGUCAACGCAGGGCAGGUCGACCAGGGGCUUCGCACAGUAUGUGGACAUCGAACGUGCUAUGCCAGAAGUUGCAUAACGCUAGUACGUUGGGCCGACUGUUCCCAGUCCAGGGCGCUGUGCCCAUUGAACCCGAUGACGGUGACGACGAGGAGGCGCGGCUAAGGCAGGCAUUUGCUGCUGCAGCGACGCAGAUAGACCAGGUAGUAGAGCGCAAGAACCCCAACAACGUCAUUGAGGACGAUAGCAGCCAAUGGGGAUAUCAAGUAUGGCUAAAUCGAGCGGGUUGGGCACGACACUUAGGAGGGCUGAGCCGAGAGUGGCUGCUAGACAUGGCGCAGACACCCCGCUACCACGAACGGGCACUGCAGGACGUGUGCUGGGCAGCCGAGAUGGUAAUUUGGAGGGCGCAGCAGGCGUCCCACUCCAGUGUAGUAGGCAUGCCCGCCAUGAUGCACAUUAACCGGCGCGAGUAUGGGACGACCAGCAACGAGAAGCCGUUCAAUGCAAGCCAGACGGAGCCGACGAUGAAGAAAUACCGCAGCGUGUGGCUCCAAGUGAUUGCGUACAUCUGGCGAACGUACGAGCUA